CCAAAUGGCGAAAUACUGAAAAGUUGGUUGCCAAGGCCAAAAACUGGCUAUCAAAUAUUGUCAACAGGAGUGGAGAAGCGGUAGUUCAACUAGCGGAAGAAGUUUCCGCGCAAAAAAAGGUUGAGGCCUCUACUGAAUUAUCCCAUGAAAUUGCUAGUUUAGUAGUAGGCCAUGCUGAACAAGAGCAGAGCAGCUCGAAACGCCCUGUCGAGUCGAGCGAACCUACGAAGAAAAAGGUACGCGUCUCCCUGACACUGGACAUCAUGCAGCCUUUUGUGAUUUUUCCAAUGGUCAAGGAUGCCAACACGCUGAUGAGCGCUUUCGUGUUCAAGGAUACCUACAUUGCCCUAAGUCUGGCUAAUGCUAUCAUGCUUCCAGCAGACAAAAAGAUAUUUAGGGGUAAACAUGAUGUGGUUGCCAUUGCCAUGGUGACUCAAUCGAUGAUUUUGAGGAUCGCUGACAUUGGUCGUCAACAUUGCCAAGUAGUGACCCUGAUUAGCCAGCUCAAUGAACAAGUUGUGUCUAAAGAGAAGAAAGUUCAUAUGAAAGUUACUGACCUUGUAGUUGCAACUAAGAGCGCUGCGGCCAAGCGAACCAUAACGGAGGCUGAGCAGACUGAAAACAUCGAGAAGCUUCACCUUCCUGCUAAAGAAAAAAUGACAACUGUUGAAGCAUCGUGUAAGGUGGCUGAAAAGGAUCUGCGAAAGGUGAGAGCUCAAAUCACUGAGGUACAACAAGCAGCAACUGAUGCAUUCAAGAAGGGGGAAAAGCUAACAAUGAACUACUACGCCGACAAAGUGCAAAGGUUUGAAAACAGAGGGUUUAAGCAUGGAUAGACAAAGGCCCUUGCAGUAGCCAAGGUUACUUUGGAUGUGCCAAUCCCGUUUAAAAUGAAGGCGUUGAAGUUCUUAACUCUAACCCCGAGUAGUUGAGAUGCUGACUUACUUUACAUAUGCUUUCUGUAUUUUGGUUUUGUUGUUUUUAUUUUUUAGGUUGUUGUUGUGCUCUUAGAUAGGGUUAUUUUCAUUUGAAAAAUGAUUUGUACUAAUUCAAUUUAUCAAUGAAAACAACUUUUUUUACUAAAUCAUACUCA